AGGAGGAGGAUGGGACACUGCUGAUGCUGAUGCGAGAGCUUUCGGCGUCUGUGAUCAACAUCGAUGGACUGAUUGCCAGAUAGAUGGUGGAGCCUCUUAAGCCCGAUUUCACAUCGUCUCGUUUUAGUUCUCGGCGACGGAAGCGGUGACAGGCGUGUUAUUGAGACCAGGAACGAGGAGGAAUUUGAGGUGGAAAGAAGGAUUUCGUCCCUCGUCUGCCUGGCCUGUCUUCUGACUGACACAGGUGGAUUGGCCGCUGACGUCGAAAUGAGGACAUAAUACUGGACACCACCAGUCGAGGCGUCUUUUUCCCGCAGUUAACCCAUAAACCGCGACAUGACGAAAAUAAUUUUGGGAUUUGUUUAAUUGAGAGGAGGGGAGGGAGCUGGGAUGGUUGCUGUGUUGGCGAGCUAAUAGGCUAAUUUGGCUAGCUAGGCAGCUAGCAGCUUCCCCGGCCAAUGGAGCGAAAGAAGUGGGAUGCUGGAAGGAGGAGUUAGCUGUUAGCUCGAAUUCACUUGAAGAAAGGCACCGACACAUGUGGUAACCCGCUUCAUUAUGACGUGUUUAACAUGAACGCUGUAGCCCGGAGUUAAUUCAUUGCCUCGUUUGACUCUCGGCACGUCGUUAAAUUAACUCGCCGUGGAUAAGGUGAGAUAAUCGGCUAAGGGAGCUAAUGUUGACAAACACUCGCGACUUAUCGCGUUAAUUCGCAACGUCGUUGUGUGAAAAGGGGCUCGCGGCUGAGAGUUUGUGUCCAUCGGUUUAGGUCUGAGACGUUCACGUCAGCGAUUUAACAGCGUCCAGGUCGAAGAGAAGCAUGUUGACGGUGGAUGUACAAGAGCUGGGACAUUUAACAACAGCCAGGAGUGGACCUGCCAUGAGAGGAAGGGACAAAGUGAGUCAGAACACCCUCACAGCGGUUCGAUAUUCAGUCAGGCUUAGUCAUUGAUAUGACUUCUGAAUUUAGGUAUCGGUAUCGUCGAGAUUUGGAUGCCAGCCACUAGUACAAGGUGUAAAACCGUUCCCUGAGUGGCAUUAAACCUUAAAAAAAAACAAAAAAACAAAAACACCACUAUUUUACUGUUAAGUGUAUAGAAAAAUCUAAAUAUAUGUCAGCAAUAUUUAAAGACUUUGAAAUGUUAAACAUAAACAAUACUCCUAAGGACAGACUUAUUUCGAGAUUUAAAUAAAUGUGAGUAGUGCUACAUGAGAAAGCAUGGCAUUAAAACUGAAGAGCUGGAUCUCGACGACAGCAGUGAGAUAAAACAUUACCAGCUUUCUAAAGUUUGUCGAGGUAAAUAUAGCCGGCGUUAAUGGAAUCGACCAUCCUGUCUGGCCCUCUGGGGCACACGCAGUGGGAGUCAGAACAGCCAUUUCCUCUGGGAUUUCAAAUGCUCGAUUCGGACAAUGGAGGUGUGCCCUGUCAAAACAAGAGCGGUCACACAGGUUUGGGUUCCAGUGAUCAGGAUCAAACACCCCAAGUAAGAGAUGAGGAAACUCUUCGUGUGGAGGAGACGGCGCAGUUGGACAACCUUAUUAAUAUCUCAGAUUUUUCUUGUGGAGAUUUACAAUUUGAAGAUAACUUUACUAAUUCCCACUUUUCUAGCAAUGGUACUCUCAUAGAGGAGUUGUGUGAUAAAGAAAAAACUGAGGUACCUGAUGAAAUCAGUGACUGUGCUUUGUCGUGGCUGUUUUCUCCUGACUUUACCGAGGUGACUGGGAAAAACUCUGCUUACAAGGAGCUGGCUCUUACACAGGAUUUCCCUCUUGAGGGAUCAAAUGUCCUCAAUAGUGAGGCUGAGCUAAUAAACCUCAGUGUGCCGCCCUCUCCAGGGAAGAUUUCUGAGAGGAAUUCUGAGACUGACGCGGGGGACCCAUUUUUGUUAGUAGAUCUCCUCUCAAGUGAACAAUGUCGUCUCCCCCCAGAGUCUUCAGGUGAGUUGAACCCACAGGGUGUCAGUGAGGAGCUGCUAGACCUGUCACGGGACGAGCAGGCGGGUCAUCCUCCCUUACAGAGCAGCGGGACUUUGUCACCUGAAACUGGAGACAAAGGUUUAUUCCCUGAUCAAGUGACUGAUCUGCCUGUAACUGGUAGCUCAACCCUGCAAGGUUUACCUGAGAGCUGCCUCCCGCAUAACCACACCAGCGCCUCGCUGGAGUGUUUUGAAGGAUCCGUGCCUUUGUUGGAUUUAGAAGUUCCAGAUUUCGACAGCAGUCUGAGUCUGUGUCCAGUCAGUCCUGCCUCUGUUAUCUGCACAGAUAAGCCGUUAGAUGUAUCAGCAGAAGAGUCGGAGGCAGUGCACGCAGAAGUGGCUGUAAUUAGAAAUCUUCCUUCGGAGCAGCAAGGUGAGAAUGACUCACUCGCUCUGGGGUUGUCAGACGAACCUCCAUCACUGACGCUGCCCCUGGAUGAACAUGCCAUCAUCCAUGGUGAUUUCACCAUGGUGAGUAACUCUGUGGAGAGUCCAUCUAAGGAUCUGAUGGAAAAAGUUUUUUUCUCGGAAGCUGAAAAUCAGGAGAAUAAGGCGAUGGCUUUGGAUUUGUGUUUGACUGUGGCUGAGGUCCAUGAGGACGAAUCUUGGGACGUGAAACCGCAGGAUGGUGUACAGCAUGCCACUGUUCCCAGUCCAUCAGCUGAGCAGCGGGAAGAUGAGAGUCUGACAGAUGCUAACCGGCUCGAGGCUUCAGACUGUCAUGAAGUACCACCUUUUGAUUUUUCAGUCCAGGACUUAAACACUUCAUCUCCUCAGUCCGGGUGGACUAAUGAUCAAGCUGUGGAGACAAUUUCCCUCUCUAAGAUGGGGGUAGAUGACUCGCUUCCAAUGGUCUCCGCUGUGAACACCAGGGAGGAAGAUGUCUCCCCGCUGAAAGCUGUGUUCGAUGCCUUAGACCAAGAUGGAGAUGGCUUCGUUCGUAUUGAGGAGUUCAUGGAGUUUGCUGCUGCCUACGGGGCUGAUCAGGUGAAGGAUCUGACCAAGUUUUUGGAUCCUAGUGGCCUUGGAGUCAUAAGCUUUGAAGACUUCCACCGUGGGAUCUCUGCAAUUAGCAACGGAGGCCCUGAGCCACAGCUCUACAAUGUAAACUACAGUCCAGGGGAUGGAGCUGUGGGCUGUCCAGAGGAGUACGACGAGCAAAAUGAGGUGACGGACAGCGCGUACCUGGGCUCUGAGAGCACUUACAGUGAGUGUGAGACCUUCACUGAUGAGGACACGGGAGCCCUGGUACCACCUGAGAUGCACGAGGAUGUGGAGACGGACAGCGGCAUCGAGGCCACGCUGCACGACCCUGAAGAUGGCACCAAUAGGUUUUCCUUGAACUCCGAUCACCAUAACCACUCGGUGGUGACGGUCAUCGGCGGAGAGGAGGAACACUUUGAGGAUUUCGGGGAAAGCAACACUUCGGAGCUGCUGCUGGAGAGCAGGGUCGAAGGGCCGGAGGGAGAGGGUGACUCCUCUCUCACACAGACCCCCGAGCAGGUCAAUGGCUCGUCACCGCUCUCUCCCAGUGCACCCGCUUCUCUCCCUGACUGCUUUCAGAGCUUCCUCAGGGAGGAGGCGCUGGACUUUUUCUGUAGCCAGUGUCACAAACAAAUAAGUCGUCUCGAGGACCUCUCCACCCGCCUCAAUUUCCUAGAGAUGACUAGCGCUGGCAAGAGGCUGUCCAGCAAGAAAGUAGCAAGACACCUCCUCCAGAACAGCUCGAUGACUCUGGACACCAUGAGCGACUUGACGCGGGACAUCCUGGAGCUGGCUGACAACGACAUCACAGACAAGGUGCUCCUUCUCGAGCGUCGAGUGGCAGAGCUGGAGAAGGAGUCUGAGGCAUCGGGGGAGCAGCACGCUCGGCUGCGCCAGGAGAACCUGCAGCUCGUCCACCGGGCCAACGCCUUGGAGGAGCAGCUGAAGGAGCAGGAGCUCUACGCCGAUGAGCAGCUCCAGCUAGAGACCCGUCGUCACAAAGAGGCCCUGAGCAAGCUGGAGAGAGAGAGGGGGCUGGAGCUAGAAAACAUGCAGACCAGGCUGCAGCAGCUGGAUGAGGAGAACAGUGAGCUGAGGUCAUGUGUUCCUUGUCUUCGAGCAAAUAUUGAGAGACUAGAGGAGGAGAAGAGGAAGCUUGAGGAUGAGACAGAAACCAUGUCCGACAGAUUAGUGGAGGAGACCGAGUCUCGCAGGAAGAUGGCCGACAAGCUGAGCCACGAGCGUCACCAGAACCAGAAGGAGAAGGAGUGCACGCAGGAGCUAAUUGAAGACCUGCGUAAACAGCUGGAACACCUACAGCUGUACAAGCUGGAGGCCGAAGCAAAGAGAGGGCGCUCGCCUGCCGCAGGACUCCAGGAGUAUCAGACCCGCACCCGCGAGGCCGAGCUGGAGCAGGAGAUCAAACGACUCAAACAGGACAACCGCACCCUGAAGGAGCAGAACGACGAGCUCAACGGCCAGAUCAUCAACCUGAGCAUCCAGGGAGCCAAGAAUUUAAUGUCGGCCUCCUUUUCCGACUCCCUGGCAGCUGAGAUCAACAACGUGUCUCGUGUAGAGUUGAUGGAGGCCGUCCACAAACAGGAGGAGAUCAACUACAGACUCCAGGACUACAUUGACAAAAUCAUUGUGGCCAUCAUGGAGUCCAACCCCUCCAUUCUUGAGGUCAAAUAAGACGCCAUACAGCCAGAGGGGCCAAUUGCUGUGACUCCACAGGCUAGAAUCAUAUUGGAGAUGUGGCUAAAAGAAGAGCGGAUGGUGUAAAAAUAAUCAGAAAUCAUUUUUGAUAGGAAAAAAACAACAACAAUGCACUCAAAUCACUCACCCUGGAAAAUAAUUGAUUUCUAAGAAGUCCACGGCUGUCAGAGAAAAAUAAGCUGUUUUUUUUUUUUCUUUUUUUUUAAGUUCAUUGAGUUUGUGUUUGUCUGCGUGUGGUAAAUGUUAGCCCUCCUGAAAACACUUGGGUUCUGGUGACGUCCAUGUUUUUGACUAGAGGGACCUGAGUCUCCCCUGAUGCGUGGAUGAAUUUGUAAAAGGGGCUGAAGCAUUAAAGCGUAGAAAAUAAUCCUGUUCAAAAACAAGCGUCUACAUUCGACUGAGCUUAAAAAAAACAAAAAGCAAAUCAGAUGAUUAAACCCAAAAGGCCUUAAAUGAAAGGUGAUCAAAGUACUCCUUGAUUAAAGCCUCAGUCGGUGGAGUCUUACUGGGAUGGUACGCUGUCUGAACCACGCUGAAUCGUGCUUUAAUCAGAAUCUGUAUGAAGCGCUGGUCAGGAGGCAACUAGAAUUCGUCUUUUACAGCUUGCUGCGCUGCCUACAGUGUGUGUUCCUUUAAACCAAGUCUUUCCAGUGAGCCCAAGUGAGGGACAUUUCUUCAUCUCGGUUGCAGAUAAGAAAUGUCUGGAGGGUUUUGUUGGUGUGUGUUUGUGUGAGGUGUUCCCUAUUUUGCCCUGUGUUACUUUUAAAGGUUUUGGUGACACUAGAGGGACAGAAUGACGCAGUCGUUCUCGUGACGUGUCCCCCGUUUCUAAUUUGCUUCAUCAUUUAUUUUUACAAUGAAACAGGGUCCUAGAGUUCAGGUGGGCCUGAGGAAAAAAAAAAAGCACUACCUUUCCCAUCACUCCUUUCGCACAACCGUUGGAUAACUCAAACUAACCUGCUCAUACUGAUGAUCUAAACUCUACGAACACUUGAAUUAAGCUCAAAGGGAAACUCGUGAGUGAUCCGGGAACUUGUAGUGUUUUUUUUGUUAUAGUUUAUUUUACGGCCCACCUGACUCCAGACUUCUUGCUGAGUGAAAGUGAUGGGGAAGCUCUUCUGCACAAGUGAUAUACUGUCAUAAAAAUGUUAAUAUUAAGACGGAAAUAACUGACAUUUGACGGGGGUUGUAUGUGAAGAAUCAAAUGGUCGUACUUUGCACUACGUUUUGAUUUCAUUAUUAUUUUUGUUGCUCGAGAAAAGAGGUUUUAAAGUGAAGGGAUCAAAUGAAAAGUGAAGACUUUGGAAGCCCGUAUGAAGACCUUACUGCAGCACAGUUGGGACUGUUGUGGACUGCAGGCAUCCCAUUCAUGCUCAAGAGGAUAAACCAUUGCACUAAUAUAAUGCCAUAUAUAAUUGGACAUAAGGAAAAAAGAAAAAAAACAGACUGCAGCCAUUAGUGUCAUUUACACACUGUAGUUCUUCAGCCAUCAAAGCUUCCUGAUCUGAAUUGAGGAGACAGACUUUGGUAGCAAUAAUGCUUGGUGAGAAUGUGGACAGUAAACAAGCCUGCUCUUUAUUUCCAACCAGUUUCUGCUUUUUGCUGCAAAUCUAAAGUACAGCGAGAACACGUACGUAUGGACUGAUCCUGUGCUUACCGGUACUGUGCAGCCAUAUCUCGAUGCUUGUGGACGUUUCUUUUCCCGACCUGGAAUAUGAACAUGUGUUGGAUUUACAUACCAGGCGUCUUGACUGGGGGGGGGGGGGGGGCACGACGAUCCGCACCGACACGCUGAGAAGAAUUCCUAUUUUCGACCUCAGUCUCACUGCUCUGCUUCACCUGCCACUCCACAGGGGAGGGGGGGGAAAUGGCCUUGGAUGUAAAUGACUUGUAAAGUUUUUUCUACACUCAUUCUAGAUUCUAGGUAUUUUUAUAGUCGGAGGAGAAAGGAGCGUUUCUUUUUCUGGUCUCAUGCCGAGAGACAGCUGCCCGUUUUCUCCUCUAGCAUGUAGCGUGUACAGUACCUGUUGGGUUUUUCUUUUCUCAUUUUGAACAACCCGGAUAUUUAUUCGACGACAACUCGCGCUCUGUGAUCUGUUCUGCUGAAAAACAUGUUUAUGUACUUUUAUUUUGAAAUCACAAGGGGGAGGUUAAUUGACAGCGAGCGAGUCCGUGGGACAGUUUAGUGAGAACAUUGUUCUGUUGUCUUUGGUUGAAUGUGAUCUGCUCAGGACGGCCAUUUGUCGAGGUCUGCACUCUCUUUGCUUAAUGUUGCUUUGACCUCUUCAAGGUUUCGAUUCGUCUGCAGUUUCUACUGUUGUCUUCCCACAUGGAGUCCGGUGCUGCAUGGAAACACAGAUUUUUCUUCUUGUAUAUUUCUGAGUCACCAUGUUUGGCUUAUGGUUUGACUGACAAAUCAUUUAUUAUAGCAUCCACCGGUGGAGUUGUGAAACCUCUGACACUAAAAACCUCACGUCAGGCUUGCUCGGUACGGCUUUCAGCCUUUUAGUCUGACUUUUAACACAGCGGGCCAUGCCACACUUAAUUCUCCCCCUCAUUCAGAUUUAGUUUCUGACAGAUUUGAUUAGACAGUGUGACCACAGAGGUGACGGCUAUUGCACUUUAACCAGAUCUAAUUCCUCCUGCUUUCAAAAAUGACCAAAGAUAGAUAUUUCAGUUGAUCACCUUAUCUAUCAAUCAUAAACCCACAGCUUGUUCUGAAAGAAGCAAACUGGCCUGUUAGUCUAAACACUGUGCCUCUGCAUCUCAAACUUCGCCCUAACCUGAUAAUGAGCCCUGGUAGAAGCACUGACCACGCGACUGUCAGUUUGUUAAAUUAUAUAAUGACGAAACCUAAUCUGUAAAUAUGAAUUGUCAUUUUUGUGGACCUUCUUUCCUCUUUUUUUUUCUUUUUUUUUUCUUUCCUCUCACGCUCACUUCCACUGUCCAAAGAACGUUUGCUCAAGGCACAAACAUCACUACCGUAGUAGUGCAUGGCUUGCCGUUAUGUGACAUGGGAAGAUAAAAAAAAAGAAGAGAAUAUUGUAGAAAAGAGAAACUGUAAAGCUUAAAUUUAUUCCUAUUUUCAAAGAUAAAUGUAUAAAUUAUAACAGUAUUGGUUACAACUGUAUAUUAUUUUCGAGGAUCCCCAAAAUGAUCUAAUCCUAUUUGUUGCUGGGGAAAGUAUAAUUUCAGUCAUUGUAAAAAGAGAAAAUUUAAAGGUAAGCAGUGAAAGUAAGAUUAGAAAAAUAAAUGGAAUAAAAAGA